AUGCUGUCCCUCCCCUUCCGCCUACGACGCGGUCUUUUCGGCGCGAACCGGGACGAAGAGAAUAAUAGCGACGACGGGAGCUCUUCGAGCUCGCAGCCAGAGCAAAGCACAGAAAAAGAAGUGGCGAAAGAUUUCUUUCCUAGCCUUUGGGACGUGCUGAAAGUGCGAUACCUACUGCAAUGGAAGAUUAGGAAGGGAUUACCGCCUGAGUUGGUGGAUGCUGUCAUCGAUGCGGCGGAGUAUUGGCCUUCGACGGUGCAUGAGAUGGAGGGCAAGAGACGGGUGAUGUGUGAUCGGGAUCAGGUUUUGUUGAAGACUGUUCCUCUUUGCUAUGAUCGGAAGGUUUGUCUCGCACCCUUGUGGUUUUCCUCGGCUGUCUGGAGAUUAACCUCGAGGGAUCAGAACCCAAACCACUCCCCCCACCGCACAGUACACCCAUGCCGCAAAAUAGUCUUCCACCUCUCAUCGCACGACCAGGGCGGCGGACGCGCACGCGAGGAUAUGUACCACGGCUCAUGGACCUGGUUCGACACAGAGGUCAUUCGCGAAGCACAUACGAAAAAGAUGUAUGUGGAUGGAACCGAACAGGAGAUUCUGGAGGAUGAAUUGGGCUAUGUGAAAAAGCACUUCGAGCCUAGCGAUCAACUUCUUUCCCCGCGCAGCAAGCAGGUCCAGAUGAAUGGGGCUCGGGUCUCGGAGAUGCAGGAUCGUGUGAUUACCUGGCAUUACCUCGAUGAUGUCGCUGCUAAUUCUACGGAGGCUUAUCAUAUCGAGCGCACUGAGGGGCGGGGUCGGCUCAUGUUGGAUGGACAUGUUGUUCGUGAGUUGCAGGUUGGGGACUCGAUUGCUCUUUGGGGGCGGGCAAGGUUUACCGGGUGGGCGAAUUAUGUGGAUCGGGCGAGUGUGAGGAUUUUUUGGGCUGUUUGA